GUGAAGUGAAGUAUUUAAAAGAAACAAACUAAACCUAUCUGAGAUUGAGAACUCUACUUCUCUCAUAGAUAUCGGCGACACAUCAUUCUGGAUCUGCCAUAUCCGAGUAAGUCAGAAUACAAAAUCGCGAUGCUGACGAGCUUCUUACGGUUCAGAUUAGCGAUUAUGGUUCGACGAUCUAUUUCAACGGUCACCUUUCGGUCGGUGCCAUCGAGGAAUCUGUUUGGUGCCUACAGUCGGGAAGCUCAUGUUCCCUCUCUGACCGCUUCGAUGAAGGCUACGGCGCCUACUACCAGGUUGUGGAGCAGUAUGGUCCUGGACCAGAAGGAGGAUGAGAAACAGAUCGAUGGAUCUGAUAAAAUUGCCAAAGCGGAUGGUAUGGGGGACGCAGACCAAGUGGAUGACCCAACGAACAAGUUUCGUGAUAAGGAGUUCCUGCAGCGCAGAUGGGAAGAGGGACGGGUAAGGGAGGUCUUUCAGGAAUGGAAAGAGGCAUACGAGAGGGUGUACGCGAAUGCUGAGGAGGAAGAAAUGAGGUUCAAAAUAUUUGAAAGAUUGUUCAAGUUUGUUGUUGAGACAAAUUCAAAGGGUAAUUCACCGGGUUCGGUUCGAUUGUGUUUGAACCAAUUUUCUGAUCUAACCGAGGAUGAAAUGAAAGGAUAUACUGGAGGAGGAGGAGGAGUUGACGUUCGCAAAAUGAAAAUUAAACGAAGUCUUUUAAAGUAUUACAGAGAAGAAAGGGUGUCAAAUAUCUUGCCACAGGCUACUAUGAUGGGAUAUGAUUACUUCUGUGAGUUGUUCAAAGAUUCUGUUUGACAUUUUGCGUGCAGAUGAUGUGUCAGAUGAUGAUGAGUACAAUAUUAGUACUUGAGCAAGUCCUUAGCUGGUGUCGGACAGUUGCAGCAAAUCGUACUAGUAGUUGGAGAUUUGGAGAUGGAUAUGUAUAAUUGUGGACUAUAUGAAGUUAGGAGAUGUUCCCUAGUUAUGUAUAAUGCCGGAGUUUAAUUUGAUUUUAUGAACUAGAGGAUGUUCUCAGUUAGGGGAUGUUCAUAUAUUUAUUCAUGUGUAAAAUGACUUGUAUAAUUAUAGAUUUUUUGAACUAGGGGUUGUUCCCUUCUCUAAUUAGGUAAUGUUUAGAUAUUGUGAAUGGAUCGUUGGAAUUUUGUUUGGAUAUCUAAAUUUGAAGUAGUACAGAGACAGGCGGUUGAUUCUUA